CUUUAGUGAGAAGUUUAGUUGCUUGGGAAGUGGUCGAGUUCCGCCUCCUUUCUGCUUUGUGUGACCCACACAAAAUGGGAGAGCAAGAGGAGGCCCUGCCUUGCCUCCUGCAUGGGGCAGAGGGAGGCAGCCCUGGGGGUCAAGGAGGCUGCAGCAGGAUGCCAGCCUCUCAGGGGCCAGCAGCAGAGGCCUGGCUCAGGCUCCAGGGCUUCCCAGGAGGAGAAGGCCUCUGCCACAAACACCAGGAGCCUCAGAAGGUGUUCUGCAAGGAGGACCUCAGCCUCCUCUGCCUGGUUUGUGAGAAGGCCAGGCAGCACAGGGCCCACCUGGUCCUCCCCCUGGAAGAGGCAGCCCAGGAUUACAAGGAAGAAAUUGAGAUCAAGCUGCAGAAGCUGAAGACAGAAAGAAGUGCUGUCCAAGAGCUGAAGAUGGUGCGAGAAAAGGAAAUGGCACAGUAUUUAGAAGAUGUCAAAGCCAAGAGAGAGAAGGUUGUGCUGGAGUUCCAGCAGCUACAUCUGUUUUUGCAGGAACAGGAGAGGCAUCUUUUGGCUCAGCUGGGUGAACUAGAAAAGGAGAUGGCAAAGGAGCAAGAGGAAACUGGCAGACGACUCAGUCACACCUUUUCUCUUCUCAGUAGCCUUAUCAGUGACUUGGAGAAGGACUGUCAGAGACCUGCUGGUGAAUUUUUGCUGAAUCUCAAGGAAACUUUCACCCGGUGUGGAAGCGCAAUGUUGCCCAUGCCAGUGGAGAGGCCAUCUAAUCUGGGAAAAAACCUCAGUGCAAUAUCUCAAAAAAGUGUUGCUUUAACAGAAAACCUCAACAAAUUUAAAGAAACACUGGAAGCAGAACUAAAGAGGGAGAGGACAUCUUGCACUAAUGCUUUGUUGGAGGAACAGAGGAACCUGCUGCAGUUUUUGUUGCCCGUGAUAUAUGAAGAUGCACAGCAAAAAGCAAGCAUAGAAGAAAAUGUAAUACUGGAUCCCCGUACAGCCAAUCCCAAACUCCUCAUCUCCCAGGAUCGGAAGAGAGUCAGACACUGGGGUUACCCACAGGCGCUGCCGGACAACCUCGAGAGAUUUGAUUCAGAGCUCUUUGUGCUGGGCUGUGAGGGUUUCUGCUCCGGAAAACAUUCCUGGAGAGUGGCUAUUGAGCAAGGGCAGAGCUGGGCAGUUGGUAUUGCCAGAGAGUCUGUGAAGAGGAAAGGACCACUCAGCCUCAGCCCUGAACAAGGCAUCUGGGCUGUGGAGCAGUGCUGGGGCCACUUUCGAGCGCUUACCUCCCAGUGGACCUCCCUACCUCUGGCCAGGAUACCCAGGAGGAUCCAGGUGUGUCUGGAUUAUGAAAGAGGCCGGGUGGCAUUUUUCAAUGCAGACCUGAAUGCCCCCAUCUUCAUGUUUCCACUCAUGUCUUUCAAGCAAGAGAGAAUCUAUCCUUGGUUCUGGGUAGGGCCAGGGGGUCAGCUCAGCCUCUGCCUCUGAAGGGGCUGCUGCAGAGGUAGAUACUGAAUUUUCGGAGGUGUCUGUGUUUAGGAAAGCCUGGGCAUUUCAGGUGUUUUGGACCUCAGUCUCCAUAUUCUGUUAACACUGGCCAUGCUGGCUUGUUCUUCAAGGAUUCUCUAAUAUCUGGAGGACCAAAGUUCCCAUACCUGCUCCAAGAUCAUUGAAGACUUUUCUUUUUUGUCUAAUCCUAAUACUGUUGGUUCUGCUGGGAGCUCAGAUUUAAUGGAAUCUGCUCUCUGAUAAUCCAUUUGUUUUGAGCCAUGUUCUCUCUCUUCCUCUCCUUUCCUUUUCUCUCACUUUUGAGUCUGUACUUUUCAAAACUGUCAUUGAACCCUCAUUGAAAUCACAUGAGGAAUGGCUCCAUUUUACAUGUACACAAUGACCUUUGAGGCCAUUAAGCAAAGCAAAAUAGAGUGACUUUCAUGUUUGCUCACAUAUCUCGAUGUGAUGCCUUUAAUAAAGUUAUUCUGCUGAA